AUGUCGACCAGCAACAGUACAAGCAGCUUGAAGGGUGACGCUACUACCUUCAUCCCGGGCCAGCAUGGGCACGAGAGUGUCGUGCGGCUUUCCAACGAGUCCCAGAUGCCGCGGAACCACGCGCUUCAGCCUCAACAAAACUACGCUCAACACCAGUUCCCUAGAUUUGGCGGCUACCCGGCCGCCCACGGUCACUAUACAGAUCAUGGAUCCUCAUACUAUGCACAAGCUCCUGCUCUCUGGCAUCCACCCAACUAUCAUCCUGCUCACUACGCAGAUCACCGACUCUUCUACUACCCACAAGCUCCUGCUUCUUGGUAUCCACCUAACGCCAGCUACAGUCAUUUGAUGGAUUCCUUCGCCAGCCAGCACUACCAGGUACAAGGUGUACGGAUGGGCCGCCGAGAACAGUAUUUCAAUAGCAACCACCAUCACUACUAUCAGAAGCGAGUCGGUGGAAAUGCUAGCGGCAAAGCGAGGACACGCAAGAGCUACGAGAAAAAGGACAAUAGGGGCAAGAGGAGCCAAAAAGAGAAGAAGGAGAAGAAGGCUGAGGAAAACGGGGAGAAUGAGGGCCAGAAGUGA